AUGGAGUUAAAUGAGGAUCAUUCACCUUCCAAUGAAGACAACAACAAUGAUGAUGAGGAUGAUGAUAUUCCGCAGCUCUCUGCAACUACAAUGGCAGCCUUGCAGGAAUUCUAUGCAGAACAAUUGCAGCAAUUAAACUCAAAUGACAAUGAAUCUCAAAAUUUCAAAGAAAACUGGCAAUUAAGCCAGUUUUGGUAUGAUGACAGGACUGCAGAAUAUCUCGCCAAAGAAGCAUUUGCAGCCUGUGGAAAAAAUGGCAAAAUUUGCUGUCUCAGUUCCCCAACUGCUUUCCAUCCUCCAUUUUUGUCAGAAGAAUGUCUCACCAAAACAUCUCAAUCAAUAAAGUACCUUACUAAAAACAAAAUCAUUUUAUGUGUAGGUGCUCUCAUGGAAGAAUGUGCUAAGAAGUUGCUACAGGUGACACCAACCAAUUUUGAAGUUGAUGGUUGGCUAUCCAAUUGUUUCCUUAUCUAUAUUGUGGCAUGUAACUCCCUCCUAUCUAUACUCCAUUCUCUUUUCAUUUGCCCACUGAAGAAACAAGAUGCGGAAGCUAUGUACCUCGUGUUUUUUUCGUCGUCGUCGUCAUCGUCAUUGUGCAAUUAUAACUUUAAUUCUUCUUUGACUCACCGGAGCAGCAAUGUUAGUAGUAGGAAUUUCCAUACGUCUCAUUUACAUUUAAGAAAUGACCUUAAGUCUAUCUACAAACAACGAAAAGAACAACUAAAAGAAUAUGAUUUCCCAGCUGAUGUUAAUCGUAAAGCAAUUUUUGCAAAUAAUGAAGUCCAACUUGAGAAGAUUGAAGUUUAUGGCUUUGAUUAUGAUUACACUUUGGCAUCAUACACACCUGAAUUACAUGAUCUCAUUUAUGAUUUGGGCCGUGAUUCAUUGGUCUAUAACAGCAAGUAUCCUGAUGGUCUUCGUAAAAUGAAAUAUGAUCCCAAUUUUGCUGUAAGAGGCCUUCAUUAUGAUGUCCGAAAGGGUCUUCUCAUGAAAAUUGAUUCUUUCCAUCAUAUAAUGUUGGGGACUGUCUACAGGUCCUCAAACAAAGACAAUGCUUUCACUUGA